AUGUCUGAUAUUGCCUCUACCUUUUCGCGCCUUGUGCGCUUCGUCCCCAAGUCCGACCCCUCCAAGGUUCUGAUCGGAGAGCCCGUUGACGCUGAGCUCGAUGUUGGUUUGGCUCUCUACAAGGGCCAGGAGGUCUCCGUGCGCCCAUUCACUGGUGCCUCUGUCUUGAGCCCCGGUGCCGCCACUUCCGGCACUGAGGUUAUUGAGCGUCUGCUCUCUCCCCUCGCCGAGAAGGAGGUCGGAUCUAUCCGCUGCGUCGGUCUUAACUACGUUUCGCACGCUAAGGAGAUGGCUUUGCCCAUUCCUGAAGUGCCAACUUUGUUCAUUAAGCCUUCUACUGCGCUUGCUGAUCCUUACCCCGCCCCUACCGUUCUGCCCAAGAUCACACAGACCGAUAACACCGGCGAUUAUGAGUCCGAGAUGGUUAUUGUGAUUGGCCGUGACGCAAAGGAUGUGCCCGAGUCCGAGGCUCUUGACUACGUUCUCGGCUACACUGCCGCCAACGACGUUUCCAGCCGUACUUUCCAGAUGAACCAGAGCCAGUGGUGCUUCUCCAAGGGCUUUGAUGGCUCUUGCCCCAUUGGACCCACUCUCGUCUCCGCCAAGCUCAUCCCUGAUGUCAGCAAGCUGCAGAUUCGCGGUCUUAAGAACGGAGAUGUCAUGCAGGAUUGCCCCCUCACUGACUUGAUCUUCUCUGUUCCCCAGCUCAUUAGCUUCCUUUCACAGGGAACUACUCUGCGCGCGGGUACUAUCAUUCUGACUGGUACUCCUCCUGGUGUUGGUGCUGCUAAGAACCCUAAGCAGUUCAUCAAGGCUGGUGAUGACUUUGCCGUUGAGCUGCUUCCUCACGUCGGUACCCUGAUCAACAAGAUCGAGCACCAGUGA